UAAUACAACCAAAAGUGAUUUUUAACCCAAGUUAUUGGUCGGCUCAAGUGCAAGUGAGCCAAUUUGUGAGUAACGGCAACCACAAGAUGCCGAUUGCCGCAGCGAUUUUCACUUCACAAGCAAAGCAAUGCUUUUAUCCCUUUCUUCUUUCUUGUGGCUGUGGCUGUGGCUCUUUUCUUCUUCUUCCUCCUCAAAAUCUCUCACUCCUUUCUCUGGUCGACAUUAAUGGCGGCCAAGCUUCUACCAUCAUCUCAUCUCUGUCCUCUCCCUUCCAAUUCCUUCUCCGCCGUAGACCUAACUCCGCGCCCAUGCUUCGGCCGACCUCGCACUCAUUUCAAGCCGCACAGAUCGGUAACCGUCAGAGUCAAUGCGGAGCCGCUCGUCGUUCUCCAAGACCACCACAACUCCGCCUUCCUCUUGGCUGAGUCCGUCGGCUAUUCCAUGGCUAGUUACUACACUUCUCUCGGCCUCUUCGUCAUCUCCGUCCCUGGCCUAUGGUCUCUCAUCAAGCGAUCCGUUAAAUCCAAGGUUGUGAAGAAGACGCUUGUUAGCGAAGGAGAAUCGAAGAAGGAGCCGAAUCAAAUUGCUGGAGAGAUCUUGUCGUUCUUCACUCGUAAUAAUUUCCAGGUCACAGAUAGAGGCGAAACCAUAACGUUUGAAGGAACAAUGGUGCCGAGUCGAGGGCAAGCAGCAUUGUUGACAUUCUGUACGUGCAUUAGCUUGGCUAGCGUGGGCCUUGUUCUGACCAUAACAUUUCCAGAUUUCGGCAACAAUUGGUUUUGGCUUAGCAGCUUGAGUCCCUUAGCUGGGGCAUACUACUGGGUGAAAGCAUCAAGAAAGGAAGAGAUCAAAGUUAAAAUGAUAGUUGGAGAAGAUGGAAGCCUUGGAGAGAUUAUUGUUCAAGGAGAUGACCAGCAGGUUGAGCAAAUGAGAAAGGAGCUUCAGUUGAGUGAAAAAGGCAUGGUUUAUGUCAAAGGUAUUUUUGAGCAAUGAUUAUUAGUCUUUUUUUUUUUUUUUUUUUUUUUUCUUUUGCUCCCUGAAGGAAACUUCAUGAGUUAAGAGUUACAUUCUAGUAGUUCCCAAAUGCUAAAUGUUCAAAAAAACUCAAUCAAUCAGUUCAGAUUCUGGAAAAGAUUCAAACUUGUACAACAAAUUUUCAACACAUGAAUCAUACAAAUACAUCAAAAUUUGGAUUUGCC